AUGACCACAUGGCCUAGUAAUCUGAGAAAAGACAAAACUAGUAUUCGGUUCUACCAAACGCUGCUCAACAAUGCCAAGGACCUGGAGAUACCUCCUACUGUGCAAAAGGCGAUAAAAUGCAUACUUGUAAUUCCUGCAAGCAAUGCUGACCCUGAACGCAGUUUCUCACAAGCAAAUAGGCUGACAAGAGGCGAACGAGGGAAUUUGGGAAAUAAAACUUUGAAUGAUCUCAUG